UUAAAUGGCGAUGUGACAGUGACCUGUGGGAAAGGGUUGCGCGGAGAAUGGAGGGGAUAAUGGCGAGAGGGGUGGAUGUGCGCUCCCGUUCCAAGCAGUAUGAGAAGCUGGAGUUCCUGGGGGAAGGCCAGUUUGCCACAGUUUAUAAAGCAAGAGACAAGAAUACAGAUAGAAUUGUGGCCAUUAAAAAGAUUAAACUGGGACAUAGAGCAGAGGCUAAAGAUGGUAUAAACAGAACAGCACUCAGAGAGAUAAAGCUGCUGCAGGAGUUAAGCCAUCCUAAUAUCAUUGGCCUUCUGGAUGCUUUUGGACACAAAUCAAACAUAAGCCUGGUGUUUGAUUUUAUGGAGACAGAUCUUGAGGUUAUAAUAAAAGAUACCAGCUUGGUAUUAACUCCAGCUCAUAUUAAAUCAUACAUGCUGAUGACUCUGCAGGGCUUGGAAUACUUACACCACCUCUGGAUCCUGCACAGAGACUUGAAGCCAAAUAAUUUGCUGCUGGAUGAAAAUGGGGUCCUUAAACUUGCUGAUUUUGGUCUUGCAAAGUCAUUUGGGAGUCCAAACAGAAUAUAUACUCAUCAAGUAGUAACAAGGUGGUACCGAUCUCCUGAGUUGCUGUUUGGUGCUAGAAUGUACGGUGUGGGAGUAGACAUGUGGGCAGUUGGCUGCAUCUUAGCAGAGCUGCUACUUCGGGUGCCCUUUUUGCCUGGGGACUCUGAUCUAGACCAACUUACAAGAAUAUUUGAAACUUUGGGAACACCAACAGAAGAGCAAUGGCCGGGCAUGUCCAGCCUUCCAGACUACGUUGCCUUUAAAAGUUUUCCAGGGACACCGCUCCACCAUAUUUUUAUUGCAGCUGGUGAUGAUCUUCUUGAACUUUUGCAAGGCUUAUUUACCUUUAAUCCAUGUGCACGAUGCACAGCAUCCCAGGCACUCAGAAAAAGGUAUUUUAGCAACAGACCGGCGCCAACCCCAGGAAGCCUUUUGCCAAGACCAAAUUGUUCUGUAGAAGCGUUAAAGGAGCAGCAAAAUCUCAAUCUAGGCAUAAAGAGAAAGCGGACAGAAGGCAUGGAUCAAAAAGACAUUGCUAAGAAGUUGAAUUUUUGAAUGCAGACCAUGUGCACCACAUGCAUAACAUGAAAGAAAACUGCUGCUAUAAACUAGAUGUCAGAGAGCGGUCCAUGAAAAACUUGUAAUAUAUGUAAAUACUGAGUUACGUGGUUGGUAACAGAUUUAGUCAUUAAAAUAAUAAUUUCUAAAAAAAAAAAAAAAAAAAA